AACAAACAUUUGUAUCGAAGUAGUCGUGUUGUUCAGUAGUAUAUCAACUGCUGCUCUUACUGUUUUGCUCACAUUCUACGAAGAACUUCCAGCUGACAACACCCUUAAACAUAAAAUUAAGUUUAUUCAAAAUGUGCAUUUUCACCGAUUGUUUAUUGAGCCCCUUAAUACUGUGGCCAGCUAUCAUCGGCGUGACUAUCUACCUGUUGAAGGAAUACAUGCAGGGCGGCCAGUUCACAAAGGACACAGAUGAAAGCGGAAAGGUGUUCAUUGUCACGGGAGCCAACACGGGAAUCGGCAAGGAGACGGCUCUGGAGUUCGCCAGACGAGGGGGCACCGUGUACAUGGCUUGCAGGGAUAUGAACAGAUGCGAUAGGGCCCGUAAGGAAAUCAUCAAGGAGACGAACAAUCAGAAUGUAUUCUCCCGAGAACUUGAUUUGAGUUCCCUGGAGUCCGUUCGUCAAUUCGUGGCUGGCUUCAAGAAAGAGCAGGAUAAGCUCCAUGUCCUGGUCAACAAUGCUGGCGUGAUGCGCGGCCCCAAGAUGUUAACCAAGGACGGUGUCGAAAUGCAGCUGGGUGUGAACCACAUCGGCCACUUCUUGCUGACCAACUUGUUGCUCGAUGUGCUAAAGAAAUCGGCUCCAAGUCGCGUUGUCGUCCUGUCAAGCAUCGCCCAUACGAUAGGUGCCAUCAACGUGGCCGACCUGAACAGCGAGAAGUCCUACGACGAGGGCAAGGCCUACAACCAAAGCAAGUUGGCCAACUUGCUGUUUACCCGGGAAUUGGCCAAGCGCUUGGAGGGCAGUGGCGUCACGGUCAACGCCCUGCAUCCUGGUCUUGUGGACACGGGGUUGGCGCGGAACUGGGCCUUCUUCCAGACCAUCUUCGGGAAAUAUCUCAUCCAGCCAUUGUUUUGGCCGUUCCUGAAGACACCUAAAAGUGGAGCACAGACCUCCAUCUAUGCUGCCCUGAAUCCGGAUCUGCAGAAGGUCACUGGCUUGUACUUUAGCGACUGCAAGCCCAAGAACGCAGCUCCUGCAGCCUUGGAUGAUGCGAUGGGGAAGUUCCUGUGGACUGAGAGUGAGAAAUUCACGGGCUUGGAUAAACCAACAGUACCAGCCAAAAAGGAAGCCGAUAAAGCUUAACCGAAAGUUAAAAAGUAGCAAUCCGAGGAUGUGACUACUGAAUUCGAAGGAAAUGUCAAUAAGCCAAAGCGAAAACUCAGCCAACCGAGAACGGGACUCCUGAGCAAGUCCGAGCAAUGUACUGUCGAUUGUAAAUGUAAAGAAGGUUGAGCCGGGUUAGAACAAGCUGUUUAUUAUUAAAUUGUAAUACUUGUAACGAGUAGGUGCCUGGGCUGUUACUAUAUGAUGAUAAGGUCCAGCUGUUCCUUGUCGGCUAUUUGGGGUGGUGGUCUUGUCCUUUAUCAUGAGCCAGUUAAAUUCUAAAAUUUUAUUAAAUUUUGCGUGUAGUGACAAGUGGUAUAGGAUAGGCAAAAUUAUAUGAACACGAAGAGGGAUAGCUAUUUCACUAGCGGAAUUCCUAGUUUUCCUAAGGUGUUUAAAAGGAACUACAUCUGCCAUCCCUGCCUUGGCCAUUCUUUACCGAAAACCUCCCACAAUAUCACUG